AUGUCUGAGCCGGCAGGCUCCAGGACCCCAGCUCCAACUCCCUCCGGCAAGCUGGAGGCAGCCCAGCCCCGAGCCCAGCUGCCGUCGGAAGCCGGCUCAUCAGUGGUGACAAGCCGGGAGCAGCAGCGAGUGAUAUCCCCUGUCCCCGGGACCCCAGGGCUGCCGUGGCGGAGCCCAGAGGAGUCCUCCCUGCUGCCCCAGACCCCGGAGACUGCCCGCCUAAGCAGGGAGGACCUCUUCUUCCAGGGACAGCCAACCACCUUGGGAGCCCUGCAGAUCCUUAUUGGCUUGCUUCAUAUCAGCAGUGGAGGUAUCCUGGUUGCUGCCCCAAAAUUUGUGGAGUUUCCCACCACUUACUGGUACUUGCUGGCCGGUGGAGUGCUGUUCUUCAUUACAGGCACGGCCACCCUGAUCAGCACGGCAAACUGCACGAUUCCCAAGAUGAAGGUCAGCACAGGGAUGAACGUGGUCAGCUUGCUGUGCUCCAGCCUCGGGAUAUGCACCUUCGUGGUGGAGCUGACUGCCGGCAGCAGGUACGCCCAGGUGCCCCACAAGAGUCUCCUGGUCCUGCUGCUGCUCUCCUCCAUCCUGGAGCUGGGCAUCACUUCCUUGACCACCUUCCUGGGCCUCCGAGCCACCUUCUGCUACACGUGGCCAUGGCUGUAG